CAGUCGCCCCCUGCAACCUCCUACUCUCACGAGCUCAAGAAAUUCUGCUUCAGUGGGUCUUCGUCAAAACGAAGUGUUUCCUUCUGCGAUCGCUCUUCAUAUCCCACGACGGACCACACUGGCGAUAGCCACUGUCGACCUGUACAGAUCCUCAGAGCAGGGGAAAAAUGACGGAUGAUUCUUAAUUGUAGCUUGCUGGUUUUGCGAAGUGCUCCGUAUAAGAUCACAGCUUUUCCGAACUAACUCCGUAUUUCAUUUACCAAUUCCUUUAGAACUCUUCUAUCGCACUUGCACCGUUUUACUUGUUCGGUGAAUGGGACGUAGCUAAAAUCCAAGGAUUCAUCAGUCGGAGGCACUUAAACAUGGGCCAUCAGACUGUUAAGAGGAGAGGCGACACGUGGUGGUAGCUCUACAGAUGCAGAUGUGGAGUCACUGUCAACCUUAAGCUAAAGUGAAACAGAAGAACCAAUCGCUGCACGCAGUGAACACUGUCAGAGGCCGCCUUGAUCAUUUCCCAAGCGCCAAGUCUCACGAGUCCUGUCUGUGAUGGCGUCGAGCCUGACGUGCGUGGGCGUGGUGUGGGCGUUGCUGUCCUUCCUGUGUGCGGCAGCCUCCUGCGUGGGCUUCUUCAUGCCGUACUGGCUGCUGGGCUCGCAGAUGGACAAGCCGGUGUCCUUUGGCACGUUCCGCCGCUGCUCGUACCCGGUGCGCGACGAGGAGCGGCAGGCCACCGUCAUGCUGGAGCAGUGCGGCCGCUACGCCUCCUUCCAGGGCAUUCCCAGCCUGGAGUGGCGCAUCUGCACGGUGGUGACCGGCGUGGGCUGCGGCCUGCUGCUGCUGGUGGCCCUCACCGCCCUCAUGGGCUGCUGCAUCUCUGACCUCAUCUCCCGGACCAUCGGCCGGGUGGCGGGGGGGAUCCAGUUCGUCGGGGGUCUGCUUAUUGGUUCGGGAUGUGCCCUCUAUCCCCUGGGAUGGGACAGCGAGGAGGUUCGACAGACCUGCAGCAAUGGCUCGGACCAAUUUGAGCUGGGUAAGGCUCAGUCACGUACAAGCGACGCCCCACAGACAGACACCCACAUACACAGAGCUCCCCCUCCUAUGGUAUACUACAGCACAAACAUGGACACACACAGCACAGUCUGUGGAGGUACACCUGCAUCUGCCCACAGAACAGAUUUACUCCCAAAUGUACACAAACAAAACACUCAACAAAUAAAUUGAUCUAAUAUGAAACACACAUAUUGAUAUAUUAUUAUAGUUUUUUUUUUAGGGAGCAAAAGUUUAGACUGAUUUUAUGCCAUAUACAGUCACCAUCCUACUUACUGGGCUAACUGAGAUGAAAUACUUUACUCAAGGGUGCAACUGCAGCCCAGAGUGUCAUUGAAAAGCUGAGAGCUGAGGGAAAUAAUAUUGCUUAAAAUUUCUGUCGGCAUUUUUAUUUGUGCAAUGUGUCAAAGUUUAUAAUGUUCUUUGAUCUCACCCCGCACUACCCAAAUGGACCUUCCUGUGGAAGUCUGGAUGCUGGAGCUGAACAUGUCACCACAAGCUGUCAAAAAUCUGCACACGCACUUCCAUUAAGAGCGGAUAGCAGCCUAG